UUAUAGUAGUAUAGCUGUGCAUUUUAGCACCAGCCUAAGCACCAUCUCCAUUGCGCAUGCGCCAAAGUUCUGUUACCUUCUACUUUCAUUUUCACUGUGUCGAGGGGAGUGUUUACAUACCUGUAUCUUUAUAUCACGAAUUCACCACUGAUAUAUGUAAUUGAGCUUUAUAUUUUAUGAAAAAGGACGGAUAGAAGCACCCGUGUAUCUCGGCUUCUGCCAUGUUAUUGAUUUGGGUUUCACCGGGCAAACCACGAGCAGACAAAUGCUGUAACAUAGGAAGGGAUUGAUGACCCGUGUAUCCCAGGUUACACAUUGAUGCCAUCCAUAUACCCAUCAUGAAUUUGGUUUCACUGGGAAGUGUGCAUACCACAAGCAGAAAAAAACUGAUUAGUAACUAUAAGGAAGGGGUUGACCCUGUACCCCAUGUAUCUCCAUGCAGUUUGUUCACUUAUGCUAAGUUGGUUUCACCAGGAAGUUGCAUGCAUACCACAAGCAGAAAAAUUUGAUUUGUAACUAAUUAAGAUCAAUAGACAAAAAAGGAUUACAUACUGUUCACAGAAGAUUACAAUCUCAAAUGGAUUCUGAUGAUGUUAAGAAGAAGAGGGUUCAACCUACAGUAGACAAGUGGAGGAAAGGGUUUAUGGUGCAGGGAGAAUGUGGGUUGGACUUCUCAAAACUGCCAGUAAAGAGACGCCACUCGAAGUCUUCAAGUGGUUCAACCAAAAACAAAGUCAGAAAAGCUGGCACAAUUGGUGGAACUUCAACUUACAUCCCUGCGGCAAAUAACCAGCAAAAUGUUGAACAACAAAUCUUAAAUACUGAUGAAAAUCGUGAAGAGCCCCUCAGUGGUGCUGUCCCCUUAAAAUUUGAUGGGGAAAUAACAGAAGAUUGCAAAUUAUAUUUAUUUGCAAUCUUUCAAAGCAGGGGGUGUGUUUUUUUGGACACAGAAUUGGAAGUGUGUGCCCUAAUGGACUGGGAUUCCAAUGAAAAAUCACUAAGUAAAUUCAGAACAAUAAUUGUCCAAAAAAUGCCACACUUGGGAUAUGCCUGCUCUUGUGAUAUAGACAGGCAUACUUUCAUGAACAAAGUUUCAUCUUGCACCUCUGAAGAUGUAGACGAACUGUAUUCAGGAUGUAUACAUGUUGAGGCAGCCAAAGAGUUUUGCAGAAAAUUCAAAGAUCUUUACGGCAUUGAAGAAAAUUCUGAGGAGAUGACUAGUUCAGAGGAUCAUCGUUACAGUGAAGAAAAUUCCUGUACGCAAGAAAAAACACUUUGUCAGAAGUUGAACUGGGGAAUGGAGAAAACAUAUGCCAUCAGGACAGACAACCUUCAUCCUCCAUAUGCCAUCAUUGGGUUUUCCUAUGGAAAACUUAGAUGCCUCUCUUGUCAGAACAAAUGCAAGCACUUACAGGAAUUAGAAAAAAUAUUCCAGGAUGCAGACUUUUUUGACAAUUCUGAUAUGUUCGAACUAUUUUCAGAAUUGUCAAAAACACCAGAGGCAUCUAAUAUAUAUUCAUUAAAAACCCUUUCCAGCUCUGCAAUUUCUUUUACGUUAACAACAGCACAAAAAGAGAAUUUUUGUAAGAACAUUGCAGAUAUCUUUAUUGAAGAAGAUGGGGUACUUCAAGUCAUUCCGACAGAAAUCUCCUGUUGUCAACAUUGUAGUGCCUCAUCCGAUCAAGGGAAUUUAGUUCCCAUGAAAGAGAUAUCAUGGAUUGUCUCAAGAUAUGGAUUCAGGGAAGCUCAAUGUUUUCAUCAAUGUUGUUCAACUUGUGGAAAUCUUAUGCCAUAUGAUGGCCAGGGUAAUUGCCUGCUGAACAUGGGAAGAUUUCUUGUUCAUUAUGAAGUGCUCAGAGACUAUAUGUUCCAGUUUUUUCAUUCAAGAUCGACACUCUCAGCAUUUUAUAAAACAAUGUCAUGUCAUCAAGAAGAUGUGGGAAAUCAAAAUUUUACUACUUCAUUUUUGUAUUCCCAUUUUCGAUGGAGUUGGUAUUGUUUCAUGAGAUUACUAGACAUUGAAUAUAGCAGAGCAUUUGUGUGCAAGGCUCCAUCGUGUGGGAAACAGCCAAAUAUUUUGCUCUUUGAUGGAACAUCUUUGGCCUUUCAAAGAGCAUCUUUGCCAGUUGUUUUUGAAUCUGAAUUGAACAGUGAUGAGCCAAUUUUCAAAAUAUUAAGUAGAUACAAUGACCGAAUGCUAAUCCCAGACAAGACAACAAGGUCUUACCUAAGAUCCUUUGUCAAAAGUGAUGACAUAUCAAGAGAAGAACUGGUAGUUCUGAGGCAGAAGAUUACUGAUGUGUCACCUUGUCUCCUCCCUCUUCUUCCUGAUGCAGAGAUACAUGAUAGGGAAGGUGAAAGAUUCAACUGCAAUCCAGAAUUCAAAGAUUUUCUUCUUCUUCUCUCCUGUGACUCACCACUGUGUGCUACAUUCCAUUAUUCCAACCUUCAUUUAAUUGCUAAAAUUCUUAAACUAAGACCAAAUUCUGAAUUACCAUCAUCUUUGUUAAACCAGCUGCAGCAAAACAUUCCUAUCUUGUUUGAGCUUUUUACCAAUGUUGGAUACCUGACAGAGUCAUUAAUUCCAAUUUUGGACAUUAUUCAAAAGCGUGUUGAGGCUACGUUUACUGGAAAUGUGCAGUCAUCACAGGUUUCAGAUCAAGAAUCUUUGCCACUAGCUUGCUAUCCUUCUCUUCUUGCUGUCCGCAAGAGGGGUAGAUAUGAAGCUGACACCAGAAAACCACUUGGAUCAUGUAGGAAAACGGGAGCACGACAUCCCUCAUUGCUACCUGGGAUUUUUACAGUAUUUUGUCCUCAUGGUGUAUGCUAUGGUUUUGAAGUAAUGGUGACAGCUGAGUCUCCAAACGUCCCCUUUACCUUCUUGAAGACAAGAUUUGAACAACCCCCCGAAAUUGUCAUUUAUGACAAUGCAUGCAACCUAUUUCAAUAUGCACUGAAUCGGGAUCCUGCAUAUUUCAAAGAUACAAGAUUCCUCAUUGACAGUUUGCAUUGGCCAAAUCACAAAAAAUGUGCAGCGGGGUAUGAAGCUCGCAGCUAUCCAAGAUUGAAAGGGAUUAAUACUCAAAUUGUAGAGCAGAACAACGCGAAAAUCAGAAAAUUAAAGAGCUCCCUGUCUUACAUGAAACCAGAGAAUUUCAUGGAUACAUUGAAAUUAUUCCUGUGGUACAACAAUGAACAAAUCAACAAGAAAUAUAGUUAAAUGUGCUGGGGUAAAUGCCAGGUUAUGCAGCAGUUAUUUAUUAACAAAUAUGUAUAUUAUUUUGAACUCUUAUUUGAAGUUUUCUUUGCAUGAUAUUUAUGUGAUAUUCAUGUAAAAUUCAUAUGAAAUUCAUGACAAAUUCAUGAAGUUUUCACAUAAAUUUUCUGUCUUGUUUUUUUGUCUUUUUCAUAUGAAGAAUUCACAUGAAAUUUAUAUGAGCCACUUUUGCCUUUGUAGACCAUGAAGAAUUGUGCAAAAACAUCUUGCAUGCUGUUGCCCCUCUGUCAAAAUAAUUUAUUUUUUGUUUUGUUCUUUUCUGCCAUAUGAUUUGCUAUCUUGACUAUAUGCCAACAGGAGAUGUAAAUAAAUUGAAAAACUUUUGAUAAAGUUGUAUGGAAAACAUGACAUAAUAUGUUUAACAGAAAAACAGUUAAAAGCCUCAAUAAACUCCAAUUUUCCCAAUCUUGUGUGCAUAUUUCAAAACAAUUUUUUAAAAUUUACAUAUAUAAAGAAUGCAGGAAAACAAGCACAAAGUUUAUAUAAUGUGUACACCACUAGCACCAAAAGGAUGUCUUAUGAUGUAGCCUAGAUAUAUUUAAUGCUUAGUAUCCUAAAACCAAAAUAUAUUUCAACACUAGCACCACACAUAUAC